UACAAGCGCAAGCCCCAAGAUUGAAUCCCUGGUCCAUUGUCAAGAGUCACAGUGACACAAAGUUUCACAGCCAGCCAGAAAAAUAACAAACAAAAAUAUCUCCCACUGUGGACAACAUUAUCCACACUGAAUUGAACAGUUGAAGGAAAAUACAGCGCUGAGCUUCUUCUACUAAUCUGAGAAGCAACUUUACACUAUGAAGUGCAUUUUUCACUCUUCUUUUCCUUUAUUGUAUCCAUACCCCAAUCAACCAUUUAACACACACAAAUUGCUUUGCCCUUCUACCCAAACAAAACUUGCCCACACAACAAUACCAGUAAGGACUAGAGUCAUUGCCACCGCUACUACCACUCCUCUCAUUCUUGUCACUGACACUUUUCCGGCGAAUUCCAACGGCGACAUUUCCGUCCUCCUUCAGACUGGUGGUUUGCUUCUGUUUGUAUAUGGGAUAGCAAACUUUGUGUUUCCGGCUUUUAUUUCCAAAUCUUUGGAAUUUGAUAAGGAAACUGAAGACUCUGUGCCAGAAGAUGAUGGCUAUGUAGAUGAUGGCGAUGCUGAUGAGAAGGCAACUAUGCCCAAAACAAAACCACUAAGAAAGAAACGAGGCUUCCAAGGCACUAGAACAUGAUUAUGUACAGGAUAGAAUCAUCAUUAGCACUGUCUUCUAAUUAUUUUCGGUGUGAACCUGGGAUCCAUCGCCAGGACCGCUUAAUUCAGCUCGAUUAGCGGAGACUGCUUAAUUCAGCUUGAAAUUUAAUUACAAGCUCAUUUUUUCAUACCGCUUAAUUCAGCUUGAAAUUUAAUCACAGUUAAAGCUCA